UUCAAGGUUCAUUGUUUUACAACACUAUGGUCAAAGGGAAUCGUAUAGCUCUGGCGACGACCAUCUGUCAGAAAUUGCCCAUCCGUCGUCCAGAGCUACAUUAUCGCAGCUAAAGACAGUCGUAUAUACAGUAGGUUAUUAUUUGCCUAUAAUACGCCAACUCUGAACUCAGAAGAAAUAUUCAAAAAUAACCUCCUUGUCCACACAAUAAGCCCGGCCUGUCGGUGUCCACAAAUAAACUUGACCAUAUAGCUAUAAAUCUGCAAUCAGCUGAAAACGGCAAAGACUUGAUUUAAUGAUAAUGGAGGAAACAGAGAAAAGAAAAGCCAAAGAAAUGUUGAGGGAGAGAGAGAUGUCAGCACCAGCCAUGGACUGGAUGUACAAGGGAGAGAAGCCAUGUGAGGAAGACUAUCUCCUAGGGAAGCGUGUAGACAGACAUGUAGAGAAAGAAGAGGAACCUCCAAAGCAAGAUGACAUAUUUGGGGAGAGAAUUAAAGCAAACAUUGCUCUUGAUAUGGCAGCCAAGGCGAGAGAAGACCCAUUGUUUGCAAUACGAAAACGAGAAGAAGAAGCAAGGAAACGUCUCCUCGAAAACCCAAUUAAGAUGAAAAUGCUAAAGAAAAGCUUAGAAAAACAACAUAAGAAGGAAAAAAAGAAAAAGAAAAAGCGUGAUGAUUCAGAAGAUGAUGACAUUAUGCAGAAAUAUCUUUCUAUUCUAAACAAAAAACAAAAAGGGAAAUUGGACAAACCAAGACACGGCGAGUCUCACCACAGACAUCAAAAUGAUUCAGGUAAAAGUGACAAUGAACGUUAUUCAAGAAGGCAAGAAGAUUUUCAUAGAAGCAGACAUAGAAAAGACUUUGAUAAUCGCAAUGCUAAACAUCUCAAAAGUCAUGGAGAUUUUCAUACAAGGAACAAACAUCAACAGGACUCUGAUAGCGAUUCAAAUUCAAGACACAGAAACUCUUACAGGAAAGGAAACAAACUGCAUAGAAACAAGCAUGAUAUUGACUCUGAUGAAGCAGAUGAAAGAAAAAGGUCCAGGGACAAAAGAGGUGAAGUGUUAGAAAAAAGAAGGGAGUCUGAUCAUUAUUCAUCCAAACACCAAAAACAGCAGCAACGUCCAGAUAGACACUAUAAGUCAGAAAGGCAGCCAUCAAGUGAUGAUUCUGACAGCAGUGAUAGCAGUGAUGAGAGCAGUAGUGAGGAUUCCAGUGAAGACGAUCAAAGAUACAAAGCAAAGAAAUAUGGCCUGAUUGUCAAUAAGAACAAAAUUCAAACAGGUGCCGAUAAGAAAUCUGAAAAACCAAGAAAGAUAUCACCUGAACCCCGCUCCAGGUCACCAGGGUCAUGUAGAAGGUCAAGGUCACCAAGAAGAAGGUCAAGGACCCCAGAAACAAGGAAAUCUUCAAAAUCUGGAGAAAAGGAAAAACGAAAAUAUUCUCCUCCCAGGAAAUUGACAUCAGAGGAGAAAAAACGAAAACUUGAAGAAAUGAUGAGCAAUGCAACAUGGCGCGAGGAUAAUCGUAAACAGAAUGUCAGUCGUUACAUACAGGAAGACGAACAGGAGGCGUUACGUCAGAAAGAUGACUCAAAAGGCGACAAGUUCAUUAAUUCUAUGAUGUCCAGUCAUGCAGAAAAGAGUUCCGUGGCUGACAGAAUCAAACGAAACAAGUACAAUAUUCAGAGGACCAAGGCAGACAUGAAUAAAGACUUUCUCAAAAAAUAAUCACGGAACUUAAACACGUUAAAACAUCUGAAGAUUUUCUUACAAUGGUGCGAAAUUACAUUAUUUUUGAUAAAAUAGAUAUUAACCUAUACAAAAUUCUGUAUGUUUUUGUACACACAGGUAUUUAAAAUCCUCAGUAGGUUUUUAAUUCAAUUUGAGAAAAAACAGCAGAGGUUGAAAAAAAUGUAACCAAGACCGGCAGCAAAUUAAUAAUAAGUUAUAACGGU